AUGGGAAGAGCACCGUGUUGCUCUAAGGUAGGUUUAGAUAGAGGUCCAUGGACUCCUAAAGAAGACACCCUUCUUGUUAACUAUAUCCAAACACAUGGUGAAGGCCAUUGGAGAUCCUUGCCCAUCAAAGCUGGGCUACUAAGAUGUGGCAAGAGUUGUAGGCUAAGAUGGCUUAACUAUCUUCGACCCGGUAUCAAGAGAGGGAACAUCACUCCGGACGAGGAUGACCUAAUCAUCAGACUGCAUUCCCUUCUAGGCAAUCGUUGGUCUCUCAUUGCCAGAAGGUUGCCAGGCCGAACUGACAAUGAAAUCAAGAACUACUGGAACUCCCAUCUCAGCAAAAGACUCAAGAUUAGCAACGAAGAAAAUGAGUCAAAAUGCAUGAGGGAGUCGGCUGGACGAAAGAGAAAUAUGAUCUCCAAUGUCAACAACAAAAGGAAGUUAGAGAAGGACUAUGAAGGCGCUAGUGGAAACGGAGAGACUUCUACUACAAAGACCAAGAUUCAUACCCCAAAGGCAAUAAGAGUUUCUCCAUCCUCAGUAAAUAUCAGUAUUCGUAACAUGGUUGGCUCAUCUAGUCAUACAGGAGGAGUUGGUGAUCAUGAUACCAAUUGGUGCGUGCCUGAUCUUGAAGGUGAUAACCAUAUUAAUGGAGAUCAGGGUUCUGUAUCCAAUCAUUGUCUCGACAAUUUUGUCCAUGAUGACCCUGAUGAUGAUUUCUCGAGCCAAAAUUCUUUACCAAGGACUAUUGAUAACAUGCUGGAAGAGAUGUUUGAGGAAUAUCAGCAGCUCCUGAAUGCAGACAAUCAUGCUCAAUUAUUGGACUCUUUUGUGGACUCUUUAUUAGCUUGA